AUGGAGACAAGUGAAGGCUUUCUUAGAACCACAGAAAGUCAAUAUGAUAAUGCUCUUUCAUCAAUUCGGACGCCUGGAUUCCGGAACAGAAACCACCCCCCAAUCCCUAAAGAACCUGAAGGACUCCUUCAAAUGCCCCUCGCUCGUAAAAGCGAAGCCUUAGUCCUCGGCCAAAAUGAUUUAGUAACUCUCAGCCCAGAUUCCCGCAAGAAGAGGCAGACAGUAGUGAGCCAAUUCGAGUCAGACUCCGAAGCUUCACGGGCUGAAGAGCCAAGAAAUAAUGUAAGCGGUCGAAGGAAUGGGUUCUUAGAAAAAUUGAAGAGUUCUUCAAAAUAAUAUUGGGAACUUUAAAGGAAGUUCAAAACUCUUGAAUUCCAGAGGCUCCAAUCUCCUAAUACCAAAGACUAAGGACUCCAGUAAAUUAUUAACAGGAUUCAAGAAGAAUGAUGUUGCUAGUGAAACUGUUUCGAAUUUUUCAGACAACAGUGAAAGCGAAGGGACUAACCCAAUUAUUGUUGGUAAGCGUAAACGAAAGAGGUUCUUCUGUGCUGCUAGAAAUCAAAAUAGAAUCAGAUGGGACCUCUUCAUCAUGCUCCUAGCAACUUGGAACUUGUUCUACAUUCCAUACUCAGUAUCCUUUGAAGCUUAUCUGAUUAACGAAUUGGUGACAAACAUUACCAAUUGGCUUAUCGACUUUUGCUUUAUCCUAGAUAUUUUUAUUCACUUCAGGACUUCCGUCCUAGAUCCCAAAACAGGAGAGGAUAUUUAUGACUGAAAGAUCAUUGCUGCUAAGUAUUUUCAGGGAAAGUUUUGGAUUGAUUUACUUGCAUCUAUCCCAUUCGACUUCAUCACGAUUUUCUUCUCAGGAGUUGACAGCGGGUCUCUGACGUUCCAACUAUUUGGGUUAUUGAAAUUAGUCAGAGUUCUCAGACUAUCCAGGUUAAUUACUUAUAUGAACCUCCAAGAUGAACUGAAAAUGUCUCUAAAGCUAAUUAAAUUGUUUUUCUUCCUCGUCAUGUACAUUCACUGAGUUGGAUGAAUCUGGUUUUUCAUUGUCAAGCAAAAUGAAAAAUGGAUGCCUCCAUUAGAUUAUGUAUGGGUUGGCACAAAUAUUUACAGUGAAGAUCCUUUCUUGCAGUAUUGAAGCUCUAUUUAUCACUCAAUGCUUAUACUUGGAGGAAAUGAUCUUGGCCCAAGAGGUACCUUCCAGUUAAUCUUCAUAAGCACCGUCCUCUUCGGAGGUGCUAUCAUCAAUGCUAAUAUCUUUGGUAAUAUGGCUGUGAUCUUACAACAACUGAAUAAAAAAGCUUCAAAGUUUCAAGAAAAAGUUGAAAAUGCGAAUGCCUCAAUGAAAAACCUAUCUAUUCCUGAAAACAUCAAAGAAGCCGUGCACAGAUAUCUUGAUUACACCAAAACCACAAGUGAUCACCAAGAAGAAAUUAACAAAUUUCUGUCAUUAAUAUCACCAUCAUUGAAAGAAUUAGUAGUAAAGCAUAUCUCUUUGCAAGGGAUUUCUAAAAACCAAAUUUUCAAGAGCAGGCCUAAUAUCUUUGACCAGAUCUUACCUGAGCUAAAUACUCUUCUCUACACACCUGAAGACAUCAUCGUGAGGCAGGGAGAAGCUCCUGACAUGAUUUACUUCAUCUCCAAAGGAGAGUGAGAAAUAUACGUCACCGACCAAUCCAACCACGAAUGUCAUGUCAAAAACCUAAAAGUCGGGGAGUAUUUCGGAGAAGUAGCAAUUUUAAAAUAACUGCAAAAGAACUGCCACAGUGAAGUCAAAGAACUUCUCCACGUUCACAGGCCUCAAUAAGAAAGCAUUCGUCAAUGUACUUGAAAGAUAUCCUGAUAUUCGAAAUGAUAUGAACAAACACAUGACUCUGAACUAUAAUGAUAAGUGGAAGAAGUUCUGUAAGAUAGCUCUCUCCAAUAUUGACUUCCUACAACAUGAUCUCCCAGAGAGCAUCAUUGACGAAAUAUUCUACCGUUUAGAACUUUUAGAUGUGAACCAAGGGAAAUACUUGUUUAAGGAUGGUAAAACCUGCCAUAAUAUACAUAUAAUUGUCAGUGGAGAAGGAGAGAUUAGUAUUAAAAAUGUCGAUGGUGAAGAAACCUACCUCGACACACUUUAUAGGGGAUGUACAGUUGGCACAUAUAGCAUCAUGACUGGAGAUCCCUACUCUUUUAGCUUCAAAGCUAAAACAGAUUGAGUCCUUUUGACUUUGUCUGAUUCCAGUCUUGAAGACCUCAGAGAAAAAUUUGAAGAUCUGAAUCUUAUUAUGUCAGAAUACGAACAAUAUAUUGAAGAGGAAGGACUUCCAUACUGUGAUUACAAGUUCUACAGGUCAGGUCAUUCCCAAAUGACUCCAUUGAAAAAGUUUCAACUAGGUAUAAAGAGAAUAAUGAGAAUUGUGAAAUCAUACAAGUCAAAUAAGCUUAUUAAUAUUCUCCAGUGUAUCCAAUCAAAGAAUAAAGAGAACCUGAAACUCCAGCAGAACAAAUAAGGAGGAGAUCUUACUCAGGAAGCAGUCUAUCCGGUCAAAUCAGACUUUAAAAUCAGACCAGAAGCAGGAGAAGAAACUAACUCUUCUCUCUUCCAAGAUCAACAUACUUAUGAGGAUAGUUGACGAGCAGACAAAAAUGAUGCAUGAGAUGCGAAACGACCUAAAGACUCAUAUGGGUCUCGAGAAAGUUGAGCUAGAUUCUGCCGCUAAGCUAUCAAGUAGCAGUUCUGACUUUAAUUCUGACAGCUCAAUGCCUUCUCAAUUGAAUAUUAGUAAGCUAAGGAGACCUCCUGGUGAACAAAGUUCCAAUCAUAGAAGACUCUCUGCAUUUUCAAAUAAAUAGCCACAUUGUCAAUUCAGACAAGAAGAAAAAUAGAAAGAAAUCUGUCAUGAUAGUUGAACCUCAAGAUAACAAUAAGAAAAGAGGGAGCAAAUUUACGCCUCAUAACUUAAAACCAAUCAUCAAUGUAGAAGCAGCCGAUUCUGGAUCUAAUAGUAAUAAAACCAUUCAGAAUAAAUAACGCGAAGAAUAAAUUAGCAACGGAUUCACCUUCAAACAAAGAUUUUAGUGUAAAAAUUUUGGGUCUAAAUGAGAUUGCUCAAAGCCAAGAUAAGAGCCCGACAAUCCCUGAACUUUCUGAAUUUGCUAGCCAUACAAACACGUCUAACCUAGUUGAGAACUUAUUGAAGAGUAGCAAAGAAAACCCAAUAGAUAUUUAACCCCAGCGCGUCUCCUACUUUUAUGAAGAAGAAAGAUGACAAUGAGCUCCCAGAAACUAACUCGAAUGGAAAGAUUGAUGAGAUGAUAUCACAGGAGAACCAGAAUUCAGACCAAGAAUCAUCAAAUUUCAAACCCAAGAAGGAUAAUUCCCAGACAGAAGGACAGCAGAUAUCCUUCAACAAUACUUUAAUAAAAGAGAUUGAAAAGAACGGCAUGAAAAGACUCAGUUUCCAGACAAAUUUUGAGAUAGAAAACGUACUAAAAGAGUGCAGUAGCCACAACUCGGUGUCAGAUAUAUCAUUUGACAACACCAAUAAGUUCUAA